AUGAGUGAUGCCACCAACUCGUUCCUACGUCCUGAAUGGACUGGCCAUGCUCUUGUGACCAAAACUUACACAAUUGGAUUGACAAACUGCGGUAAAGGCAUUUGGCGUGCAAACCCUCACCUUGCCAAAAAUCCUAGGUAUAGACAGAAGUUGGCAAAUGAAAUCGAGAGAUUCGUGGCUACCAAAUUGGACUACAAUCUUUCAGCUCAAGACAAGUGGGACCUGAUCAAGCGGAAGACCAAACAGGUUACUAUCAACUUUGCUAGACACCAUGAUACUUGGAGAAAGCCCAGAAUCAAGGUGCUGCAAAGCGAGAGGAAUAACUUGCUGCGACGCUACCGGAGUGACAUUGAGUGCUUGAAACUGCUGCUGCCGGAGGUGGAGGGAGAGCUAUCCAAACUACAGCAGGAAAUUGUGGAGAUUCAGAUGUUGAAAGCAGGUCGCCGAUGGUUGGAGCAGAGCGAGAAGUCCCCAGGAAAUAUCAAACACAUCAUUGAUCAGCGUGUUGAUCAACGGACAGUUGCAAUGUUGAAACAUCCUAGCACUGGAGAAGCUUGCCUGGACAUGGAAACCAAACUCAAUGCUACUGAAUCCUUCUAUCAGGAUCUGUACACGGAGGAGCCAAUUGACUAUGAUGAUAUCUUGGACGGCGCCCGUCGAACCCCCAAACAGGGUAGCCCAGGACUGGACGGCAUCGGCUAUGAGAUACUUUACCUCCUUGUCUCUCACCCAAGCUGUCGUGAUAUUAUCCAUCAGGUAUUCAAUGACGCUGUUCGUUUGGCAAAGUUUCCCAAAUCUUAG